GGCUUUCUUUCUCCGCUAUUGUAUGGUUGGCAUGACGACAGACGCUGCACAUAUAAAUAAAUAUUUGAAUCAGAUUGCAGUGUUUAGGGUAUACAUGAACAGAUCUGCAAUUGGAUUUAAUUCAUUCAGAUUGACGAAAAUGGGUGCAUGUAAACAUAGCUGGUGUUGAAGGCCAAAGUCAAGCAUAAUGUGCCUGUUUCUCUGGCAUGGAAGUGGAUGUGACGUGAAAACCAUGUGGAUCAAUGUAAAUUUCUCAUUUACCAACUGAGAGAUGUACUGGUGACCUCUCCUCACUUAACCUACAGUACACAUACCUGUUCUACGUGGUGACCUACAGGCCAGAAACAGGAUCUUCAAUCAGCCAGAACUCCAUGUAGUUAUUUACAGAAAGAAUCUGAGACGAUCUGGGGUAUUUACACUGACCUUUGAAGUGUCUCAGAAAACUUUUACACAACUUCAGCUUGAACCAAAACAAACUGUCUGAAAGAGAUACUGCAGAUUCUUACAGUCACUGUAAAGUCUUUAACUCUUAUGCGGGGAUGUACAGGGUUUAUAUUGUAUGUGUGCUGAUUUCAUUCCUUCCUUUUACAUUGGAAGCAGUAAAAGGCACUGAAUAUAAUUCUAAGGGGGAAUGCUGAGGUAAAAGUAUUGGUGUAUUUUGAAGGUUUGAAAAGAGAAAGAAGAAGAAAUGUGCACAAAUAUCACAUUUAUGGGGUUAAGUAUUUCUUAAUUUAACCUUUAAUAUUUUACAAAUGCUCACGUUUCUGUUUUACUGUUUCUGCUUUUCUUUAUUUUAAGUACAAACUGAACCAAGGCUCAGAGUUUUGAUGAACAGGAUGUGAACUAUUUGGAUUGUGAAAACAUUUUUACUGUUGAUUAUUCCUCAUAAUGAAAUAGAUUGAGUAGUUUCACUCCUGCAGUGGUAACAGUCUGACAUGGUGGAUGCUAGUCAGGAGAGAGGGGGGCACAAACUAUUGGAGCAUAUCAAGAAAACAGUAGAAGCCAUGACACAGUCCAUUAAAAUGGUGGAAAGGUUUAAUGAUGAUCUAAAACUCCAGAGCACCAUCGUUUUCGUCCAGCGUUCAUCUGCUUGUGUUCUUUCUUUGAGAUGUGAGUGUCUACUGUCUACUGUGUUUGCUGUUUAUUUUAUUCGACCUGUUUCUGUUUCUAUUAUUCCUGAACUAGAUCAUGAAAUAUUACAAAAAUGACAACCUGGUCUGGAUUUGUUUUGGUUCCAGAGAGAUUUCCCUUGAACUGAGAACCAUAAGGGCUUUCAGUACUGGACUAUCUCUUACUUUUUAGACGGAUAGUACUGUUGGUCCGUGACCUAGUGAACCAGUACCAGGACGUAUUGAUUGAUGGAGACUUCAAAGCACGUCUCAGGUGGUGUCGCUACUGUAUCUCACAGCUCCAGGGUUCCUGAUGUGAUCCCGAGCUCGGGUUACUGUCUGUGUGGAGUUCCAUAUGUUCUCCCGUGCCCGUGUGGAUAGACUACUGAUCCACCAGGAUAAAGUGCUUUUUGAAGAUUCAAGAGAGAGAAAAGGCGCGGCUGGUGAAGGAACGACGGUUUAUAGCUGCUGUAAUAACAGACCAAAAACAGCAUCUCCAGCUCCAUCUGUCAAAUCUGACCAGUCAAUGGAUCCACCUCAUAACUUCUAAACAUUUCAAAUCCCCUGAGUAUUAAACACAGAGAGUCAUACACCAGUCUACUGAUGAUGGAGCACUUGAGGUGUGGAGUGUGUAAAGAUAUGCUAAAGGAGCCUGUGUCUAUCCCUUGUGGACACGGUUUCUGUGAAACCUGCCUCCUGUCCUGCUGGACCAAACCAGCCCAUGAAGGAAGCGUCUCCUUCCCUCAGUGUAGGAAGAGAUUUAAAACUCAUCCUGCAUCGUAUCCAAACGUGGUCCACAUGCUGAAGCAGGAUCUUCUCAGUCCUGUUCUUCCUGCUCAAAGUGUCGUUGGACCUGGAGAUGUGACCAGUGAUAUUUGUAAUGGUGAGAAGAUCAGAGCGGUGAACAGAUCUAUCUGUGAAACACACCUGAGACAGCCGUACACACCUGAAGUGUCUGGAGCAAAGCUGGAGCCGAGACUGUAUCAGCUGCAACACCAAGUCCUGUACCAGUGUGAAUCUUCUGUGAAGAUUUUCAGAACGUGAUUGAAAAUGACUGUUAUUACAAAGCCUACCUGCGAACAACGUGCACCAAGUCUGGACAGUGAAGAUGACUUUGAAGAGGUCCCUAAGUUUCCUGGUCCUCUUAUGAGUGACCUGCAGAAGGAGGACCUGAUUCGGUUUAUCCGGUGGAAAGCACAGGAGUGUUCUGCAGAGCUUUAUAAACGUGACCACGCGGAGGCCUAUUUCUUAUGGAAGAUAAUGGAAUUGAUCUUCUGUCGAAACGGAAAAGAGAUGAUGUGUGAAGUUGCUGCAGUGAUCUUCAAGGCCUACAGCAGGCUCAGGAAUAACUUUCCACGAUUUGGGUGCCCAGAUGGUGAGAGAUGGAAGGAAUGGUGUCUUCCUCUGGCAGACCUUUUGUGCUCCUCUGCACCAGAUGAUGAGAUCAGAGAGGCUCUGAUUAAGAUGGGAGAUGAUCUUGCCUCCAGAAGAUGGACCUACGCAGCACAUAUCUGCUACGUUGUGGCAAAAGUGGAGCUGGGAUCAUGUAGUCACUUUGAACUGAUCGGUUGUGACAGAGUGCCAUUUGGGUUGUCAGUCCUUCCUGAAACCUUUGUGAUAACGGAGACGUACGAAUACUUGCUGUCGCUGAGCUCAGGGCUGUCCCAGCCAAGCUUCCAGAUCUUUAAGUUGAGCCAUGUCAGCAGGGUGGUCUAUUUUGAGCUGAGUCUCUUAAGUGCCGCCCCUAAAUACUGUGAGACCAUCGCUAGGGCAGCCUUCACUUUCCCCGACAGAAUCAAAAGGAGCUUCAUUGAACGGCUUAUUUUGCUAUCUUGCAAUGUGCUAAAAGACCAGGCAGAAGAACCUGAGUGGCUGCUAGAGCUCCGGCGGCUGCACAGAACUAAAUUAGCAAAUGCUAAUGGCGACCCAGUGCAGCACAUGGCAUCUACCAGCCAUGACAUGGAUUCUGAGAUUCAGGACUCAGAAUGUUCCCCGAGGACAGACGAGAUCCCCGCUCUCCAGUCCCCUGAUCUGGAGCAGCACGCUGUCCCACGGGCUGUGCUUUAUUCGCGGUACACCUUGGGAAAGGUGCUGGGGAUGGGAGGCUACGGAUCUGUCUUCGAAGGACACCGGAUUGAAGAUGGGAAAGAGGUUGCUGUUAAAUUUGUAGACAAGGACGACGACGACGACAUCAUAACAAUUCCUGGAGAGACGCAGGAGCUGCCUGUAGAGGUGGCACUGAUGAAGAUGGUGUCCAGGCCACCUCGCUGUAGCAAUGUGCUGGAGCUGCUGGAGUGGUUUGAAAUAGACAAUCAGUACGUCAUGGUCCUGGAAUGGCCCAGCCCCUGUAUGGACCUGUAUGAUUUCACUGAUCUUCAUGGCGGCCGCCUGUCUGAAGCACAGGCUCGAGACGUCAUGCUGCAGGUGAUUCGGGCGGCUCGUCACUGCUGUGACCGUGGAGUGUUACACUGUGACAUCAAGUUAGAGAACCUCCUCAUCAACACCGAUACCUUGGACGUCAAACUGAUCGAUUUUGGCUGUGGGAGACUGCUGAAGGACAGCCCCUACUACUCAUUUGUAGGCACUAAGGCAUUUGAACCUCCUGAGUGUCAGAUGAAUUUAAAGUACGUGGGCAUUCCUGUUACCAUCUGGGGUCUGGGCAUACUCCUGUUCUGCUUGAUCUGUGGAAGCUACCCCUUUGAAUCAGGUGAAGACUUUCAGCAUGUACACCUGGAAUUACGUCCUGACAUGUCUCGAGAGUGCUUUGAGCUGAUAAUGUGGUGCCUGGAGAUCAACCCUGAAACGCGGCCGACUUUCGCCGACUUGGUCAGGCACGAGUGGUUCACGGAGGCGGUUCAGGCGGUGUGAAUUGUGCUGGAUCCAUAUCGAGUUCUGUAAAAGAGAUUGAUGUGCUUAUGUAAUUUUACCGAGAACAGGUAAUUACGUGAAAGGGGAAAAAAAAUGUAGAAUAAAAAGAUGCUUCUAUUUUAA